AUGUCCACCGAGCACCUACUUAAGGACUUUAGCGGCAUCCUGGAGGGUGUCGCUAGCCCCAACAAUCAAGAACGCCACGAAGCCGAGGUUCGCCUCACGCAGCUUACCGCCCAGUCACCAGGGCCGGUAUUGCUCCUCCUCGCGCAGAUUGGGGCGCAGGGUGUCGGCGGCUUCCAAGUCGAGUCGCGCCAGCUCGCACUCGUGUUGCUCCGACGGGUUGCAUUCGACCCAAAUCGUGGUCUCUUCCUCAACGCCUCUGCACGGGUGCCCACGCCGCCGUUCGACGUGAUCCCCGAGGGUACGCGAGGGCGCAUCGAACGCGUCCUUACCGCCGGGCUCGAGGACGAGAUGGACACGCGUAUCCGCAAGGCACUCGGCUCUACUGUUGGCGACUGGGUCAAGGGCAGUGUGAAGCGCCGCCGUCCAUUUGCCGGUCUCUCGCCCGUUCUCUUCAAGCUCAUCGCAUCCAACCGCGCCUUCCAUCGCUUCACGUCUUACCAGAUUCUCAGGGAAUCACCUCACCUCUUAUCGGGAAGCAACUUACAAGAACCGUGGCCAACAGAGAAGGUGGCUGAACUCCUUUUCGCCGGCGUCAACGACCCCAGCAUCGAUGUGCGAGUCGAGGCUCUCCGUGCCCUCGGCGGGAUCUUACACGAGGGAUUCACCGACGCUGAGCGCGAGAGUUUAGGGCCGCUGCUCGUCGAAGCGGCUGUAACUGCCGUCGUCUCCAUGCCAUCCGAUGUCCUUGUCCAUCCGCUGGAAGCGCUUGUCGACAUCGCCUCCGACUUUCCCCGGCUGUUCUUUGCCUCCCUUCCCAUCCUGAUCCCCUUCCUCGUCUCGUGCAUAGCCCCGCCUUCCACCCUUUCUGGCCACCCCUUCUCACGCGUGGCUCACCUCGAGAUGCAGUGGAGCGCGUGGGAGGACAUGUCGGCCAUGGCUUUCGAGGUUUUGUUCAACGUUAUCAUCGCGGACCGCAACAGCGUGGUCAUGUGGCAGAACGGGGCGCUGGUGGUUGACGUAGUCGACGCUCUUAUCGGUCGCCAGAUCGCCGCCUUUGCCGCGGAGGGCGAGCAGUGCCAGGAGUGGAUCGAGACAGAAGACCUGGAGGAUGACGACGAAACGUACCCCUCGUAUCCGGAGUACAUGCUUAAUCGCUUCUCUCUGAUCCUCUGUAUGGAUGGGUCCGUCCUCGCCGCCGUGGGUCGUCAAGCCGCACUCCUCGUCCGCCGGCCAGAGUGGCGCGCACGAUACUGCACUCUGAUGGCAAUCGCGUCCGUUGCGGAGGGCUGUCAUGAGUCGAUGUCACAAGGACUGCCGCAAGUUCUGGAGCUGAUCACUCCGCUUUCUGUGGACGAGCAUCCUCGUGUUCGCUACGGCUUCCUUUAUUGCAUCGGUGUAAUGUGCGACACGCUCUCGGGCGAAGUGCAGCGGAGGUACUCGGAUGCCACGCUCCAACUCGUUCUGUCGAUGCUGGACGACCCCGUCACAAGAGUUCGGGCCGCUGCUGCUGCGGCUUUGACGCACUUUGCCAAGGUCCAUGGGGCACCGCCAUCACCUGUCGCGCCUAGAAUGGAGCUCAGACUGGCGGAGCUGGCACAUGACGAUGAGGGGGAUAGCGCCAAGUUGGAGAGGCCAUCGCUGGCGCCCCGGCUGCAGCCGAUCCUCGAGCGGCUUAUGGGCGUCCUCACGGUAGAAGGACCGCUGUAUCUCCAUCAAGAGGUGCUGGAUACGAUCGCUACUCUUGCCAAGGCGGAGAGAAAUGCGUUCGUACCCUUCUACCGGGACAUUAUGGACCACAUUCUCCGCACGCUGGAGAAGACCGCGACCGAUGAGUCGCGGAAGAAGCUGGUAUGCAGCGCCUUGCUCUGCGGCGUGCAACUCGGCCGGGCUGUAGGCAAGGAGCAUUUCUAUGGGGACGCGAUUCCCCUGUGCAAGAUCAUGUUGAGCAUUCAAAACCUGCCCAUGAGCGACGACGAUGUUCGACAUGGGUGGGUCAAGGUCGCCAAGACGAUUGGCAAGGACUUCUCGCCGUUCCUCCAGUUCGUUAUCCCUGAUGUUCUUAAGAGGGCAGAGUACACACCUGCUGCUACCGAUGACGACGACUGGUAUGACCAGUCACGCUCGGCCGAGAUGCAGGAGAAGGAGGAGGCGUUCGCGCACCUUCAGACCUAUGUCCUGGUCAUGGAGGAGAAGUACGCCCCGUUCCUCUCGGACACGAUGGACGUUGUGCUGGCCGCCGUGGCGUCCUGGGGAUCUGAGGCUGUUCGCGAAUACGCCUGCUUCCUCAUCCCCGGCCUCCUCCAAGCGGCCAAGGACGCAGACAUGUGGCUCGGUGACGAGGGCAAUCUCGAAGGACUGUUCCGCCUGUUGAUCAACGCCAUUCCACACGAGGAGGACGCUGCCGGCGUCGCACAGCUGUAUCAGUCAAUGUGCGACUCGUUGCGUGUCAUCCACAUGCCGCUGCCACAGGGCAACGUUGCCCAUCUGGUGCGCACGUCGUUAGACUGGCUGAGUAGCGUGUACGAUAAGCGCGUUGACCGCGCGGCCAAGCAGCACCAGAUGGUCAAGCAGCGCGAUUACGACGAGUGGGCCGAGUUUGAACAGAUUGACGAGGAAUCCGAAGACGAGGCCGUGACUGGCAUGUACGAAGUCCUCAAGCUCAUCCAGCACUACCCCGACGCGCUGGGCAUUGUGGGUGAGGUGUUUGCGAUGACACAGAAGGUGCAGGGCGCAAAGAGCGAGUGGUAG